GGGGGUGGUAGGUAGAGAGAGUGGGUGGUUAGCAAUUAUUCUGUCAGUACGUAUUAACUUAUUACCUGGAUUAGGUCCUUUUACAGAUCGGGGAUUCUAAAAGAAGAAAAGAAAAUUUAAAGAAGAGAAAGAAAAAAUAUCCUAUUCACGUUUAUAUACCAAAAGAUGAAUCCAGCAAAAAACACUUGGAUUACUCUUUUUUUUGUUGUUAUUUUCAUGGAUAUGUCACUGGCUGCAACAGCACAGUCAUCUUGUCCUGUAGAAGAAUCUGAUUGUAAUGCACAAAGGCAAAUUAUAUGUAAAGAACAGUUUUCUUCACUUUCCUGCCAAAUACAGUUUGCACCGUUAAAAAAAUGCUUUGUUCAAGUUUGUAUAAAUCAGAAGCAUACACACUUUGAAACACCACCUGUGAAUCUGAAUGACCUAAACCUGACAGCGUAUAUUGAUUUCACAGUUAUAAACGACUUAAACUCAAGAAAAAAGCAUUGUUAUGCGACUUGCUGCUUAAAAGAAAAUGUCAAUUCGGAAAAUCUUUGUUUUGACAAUAAAUGUCAGUAUAAACGUAUUUACAUCUUCGGUCGUAAAGAUUUCUCUAUGUCUUCAACUGCCUCUGAAUAUAUUUGUCUGUCUGGAAAUCAGAUGGCUAUAAGAAAGGCCUUAAAGAAGCAGCAGUUAGACAAGGAAUUAAUGAUUGUAGGAUUACGGGAUAAAGUAUACUAUGAUAAAGAGAUGUCCAUUAAAAAAAAUCAACAAGUAUGCCAAGAGAAAUGGCAAAUCCUAGAUUCAAACAAAGAAGAAUGGGAAUCAGUCUUUCAUAAAAAUAUAACAAAUUGCUUGUUAAAACCUAAGCAACGUGAUCAAGUUAUAAAUGAAGAUUAUACUUUGGUCCUUCAAGGAAAAAAUGGAUCUAUGGAUAUUUGGCAUUUUCUUGUGGUUAAAUCAGGUUCUCCAGUUACAGAUAAGACCACUACAAUUUCUUAUAACCACACUACUACAAUGGAAAAGAAAACCGCUGAUAACUUGCAAAAUAGAACAUCUAAAUCAAAGAAGCAUAAUCUUGUGAAGUUCAUUGAUACUAUAAAUAAUUUACCUGAUGUCGUCAUGGAAACCGAGAAUAAAAUGCAAAUUUUUGUAGAUAUAUUAAAUAAUAUGACAAAGAAAAAUUGUUGGACAAACUUGAACAAUGAGAAAAAAAUGCAUCCUACAGAGGUAAUGAAAGUUGUUGACAAAUUCCUGGAGAAUAUUAUAAAUACAACAAAUUCCUCUGAACAAGUCAACAUUGAAAAAGAAAAUAUAGCUUUCCAAUUUGAUGAAAUAAAGAAUAACACCAUUUCAGUAAAUCUUGAUUCUGACGAAUCCCUCCAAGUUCAUAUUGAUGAGUCAGUAAUUAAGAAUAUAUCUUCAGAUGACCACAUGUUUUAUAGUGUUGUCUUCUACAAAUCAUUAACAUACAUCAUACAAACGACUGAAGCUAACUGGACAAAUGAAAGCACAAAUCACAAAGAUCUUCUUUCAGAUAUUCUAAGUUUCACAAUUCACAAAGUGAAUUCAAAAAACCCCAUAAAAAACAUAACUUUUCGUCUGAACCAUAAGAAACUAACUUCAAAUACAAAAUGUGUCUAUUGGAGUUCUAGCCCAACGGAUCUUAUUGGAGAAUGGAAAACAGAUGGGUGUUUUCGAACUUCAUGGAAUGAAUCUUAUACAGAAUGUGUCUGCACUCAUUUGACCAGUUUUGCUAUUUUAAUGAGCCACCACCAAGUUGAUAACUCUCUUAGCAUAAAUAUUAUGUCCAACAUAGGAGGAGUGGUCUCCAUUUUGGCUGUUUUCCUCACAUUCAUAUGUUAUAUGAUACUUUGGAGACAUGUUACAACAACCACUCUGAACAAAUCAAGAGCCAUUAUUUUGAUGAAUCUAUGUGUGUCAAUGUUUAUAGCAAAUUUGUUGUUUCUGUUGAGCGAUCAUCUUAAAAGUUAUAAGAUCACAUGCACAGUGACAUCCAUCCUGUUACAUUUCUUUUAUCUCACUGUAUUCUUCACUAUGUUUGUGGAAGGAAUUGAUAUUUUCGUCACAAUUGUUUUCGUCUUUUCAAAGAUAGAUGUAAAGAAACUUAUUUUGGUUGCUUGGGGUUUACCAGCAAUAAUUGUAGCAAUAUCAGCAGGUGUGACUCGGUUACAUGGCUAUGGAGAAAGUGAUCACUGUUGGUUGUCAGAGAAAAGUGGUUUAAAAUGGGCUUUUAUGGGACCAGCAUUUUUCAUUAUUUUUACCAAUUUGGUAAUAACAUUAGUUGUUUUGAAAAACAUGUUGAGAAAUAGUGAGAUGAUACAAAAACCUAUAAUGGAAAGGGCCAGAGCUGGCAUGUGGGGUUUGGUAUUAUUCUCACCAAUUCUUGGCUUUACGUGGUGCUUUGGUAUUUUUCUUUUUCAUAAAAGUGUGAUUAUACAGUAUGCGUUUGUUGCCUGUCAUUCACUUCAGGGUCCCCUCAUCUUCCUGCUUCAUUGCCUAUUUAGUAAGCAGAUCAAAGAUGGUUUCAUGCAGUACAUGAAAAAGAUCAAAAACAGAUCCAAAAGCAAAUCAAAUAUGACAAAUUCUGUUUGUAAGAGUGUGGCAUUUGAUAAGACACAAACUCCAACUUUGACCAUUAAUCGAAGUGUGGAUAACCUGACACUUCCGUAUCCUCAAACUUUGGGAAUUUUUCAGUCACGAAAAUCUCAAGAUUUAUUAGUUCCACCGAAGAAAGGUAUAUGGUAAAAGAUAAGCCAGAGAGAAAUAUUUUACCAUGAAAAUUAUCAUUACUAGUCAUUAUUUUUAAUCCAGACAUUUACAAAGACAAUUCUUUAAUUACCAAGAGUAGUAUAUUCAUAAACAUGUUUCAUAUGACACAAAGCAAAUUCUCUGAAUCUUGAUUUCCCUAAAAAAAAGUUAUCAAUGCAAACACAAAAGCAUAAUACAAACAAUAUCUCCCAUUAGAAAAUUACCAUUUUCAAAUCUCACAACAUGACAUAUUCAGCAACAGUACUUUGUAGUAAAGAUUCCCUUGUUUGAAAAUAUAAGGACACAGAUCGUGUUGUAUAACCAGCUGGAGACGAUGUCUCCUGGGGCUAAAUUACAGCAACAUUAGUCCUAAACCGGGAUUGCCAUGUUAUGUUGGCAAACAAUCUUUACUACAAUAUCUCCCAUGUUGCAGAAUCAUUGCGUCCCUGAAAAAUCUUAUCAAAAUAUGCAACUAUGUAACAUGAAAUCUAUUCUCCCUGAAGACUUCCAUAUUAUGUAGUGUUUCAGAAAUACAGUUGGUGCCUGUUUUCUGUAGUGAUUUCAUUAAAAGUAACUAAUCUGAUUAUUCUAUUGUUUCUAAAGAUCUCAUCCAGUUACUUUUACUUGAUCAUUUUACAAUGCUUAAUUAAAUGUUGUGUCUACAUUCUGUCACUGUUUGGUCUAAUGCCAAAGCAUUAACAAAUGUGCCUUAAAAUAUUCAUAACUAGCUUCUGCAACUUUCACAACUUUUUUUUUUUUUUGCUGUUCUCAUAUUAUAAAAAUGUUGUAAGUGCUUGCAAA